CGGAAAGUUUGAGCGCUCUGUUUGGAAUUGUACGGUCAGCAGGUUCAUAAGCAGACAUUGACGUUGAAUUAUUUGAUGGCUACUGCUUCUAAAACAGAAAGUAGACUUGUUACAGAGCAAAAUAUUUUCAAUUAUUGCAUCUCUGGUGAUUUGAAAUCAUUAAAAGAAUGUGCACGUUCUGUUGGUCAAGUAGUUCAUAAAAAUUCACUUGAUGGUCAAACUUGUCUCAUUGUAGCAUGUAGAAAUGGACAUUUAGAUGUUGCCGAAUACUUAAUCGACUGUCAUGGGGCAGAUGUUGAACAAGUUGGUGUUGUAGAAUUUGAAGGAGAACAAGUAGAAGGUGUACCUCCACUAUGGUGUGCUUCAGCAGCUGGACAUUUGAAAUUAGUUGAAUUGUUAAUUAGUCGUGGUGCAGACGUUAAUCGAACAACAAUUACCAAUUCAACAGCUCUUCGUGCUGCUUGCUUUGAUGGACAUGAACAAGUUGUUCGAUAUCUUGUUGAACAUGGAGCAAAUAUUGAAAAUCCAAAUCGCCACGGCCAUACUUGUCUCAUGAUUAGUUGUUAUCGUCGUCAUGAUAGUAUUGUAGAAUAUCUACUUAGUAAAAAUGCUCGAGUUAAUCGAAGAAGUGCUAAAGGUAACACUGCAUUACAUGAUUGUACAGAAAGUGGCAAUUUAAAAUGUUUACAAUUAUUGUUAAAUCAUCGAGCUAUUAUGCGUAAAGAUGAAUAUGGUCAAUUACCAAUUAUGUCUGGUGCAAAUGCAGCUUAUAAAAAAAUUGUAGAUUAUUUGGCUACUGUUGAAAUUCCUGAUUCAACACAAACAAUAAGUGUUAGUGAAAAAGCUGCUGCAUAUGAUCUACUUGGUGCUAGUCUAUUCGAUCGACAUUCUUUAAUUCAAGACGCUAUAGCUGCUUGGUAUCAUGCGAUAAAUUUACGCCAAGAGUUGUCUACUUAUAAUAAUAAUAAUAGUGGUAAUAAUAAAUUUAUUCCACAUCCAGUACCACAAUGCUCUUGUAUGAAUGAAUUAAUGUCAUGUGUUGAAGGGCAACCAACAAUGACAACCACUACCACCAAUACUACAACAACUACUACUACUUCAACUACUAAUUCAUCCAAUAAUUGUUGGUCAUUGAUUUCAUUAGCUGCACGUGAAGCAAUUGGAAUGGCUGAAACUAGUCGAUUUGAUGAACAACAUUAUUCGUUAACAUCUAAUUGGCAACGUCAUAAAAGAUCUACAAGAAUUCAUGACAUUUUAUUGAAAAGUUAUAAUUCCACAAAAUUUCAUCAUCAUAAUUCAAUUCAUCAAUCAACUAUACGACAAAAGUCUACAACGAAAUAUUCACAAGAUUUACAUGAAUUAUUUCAAAGAAAAUAUAAAAAAUUACAAACUGAUUUACAAAAUGCUUAUCAAUGUAAAUUUGAACAUUUAGGUCAUUCAUUGUAUCGUUCGAAUUCAUUAAAAGAUUAUACUGUUGAUGUACAAUCACCACCAUUUUGUUCAGUGUUUCUUCAAGGUUCGCAUAAUUCACGUUUAGGUUUACGUCGUAAUGGUUCUAGUGAGUAUUUUGAUCAGUCUUCUCCUACCAAUUCAAUAUUAUCACAAGGUAUUUGUAGAUCAUCACCAUCACCAACGAAUUCUUUGAAUUUUGGAACAUCCUCAUCCUCCUCUCCACCACCUUUAUCAACAACAGGACAUCAUAGUGGCAGUUGUGCUGGUGGUGUUUUCGUCCAAUCUGUUAUACCUGUCGAUCCUAUUCUAGGCUUUGAACCGAAAUGUUGUCAAAUUGCACGAUAUCGUCGAUGGCUUCUGGAGCCUGUUCAUCAAAAUUAUCAAGUCAGAUCGUCGACAACAUCUGAUCAUAAUAACACUAGUAACAUAUUGCAUAAUAAUACAGAGGAUUUCACUCCAUCCAAAAUCAUAAAUCAAUGUCCUCAUUGUAAACAAAUACUUGUUUCAAUGAAUAAUUUAAGUGAAGAAAGUCUACUUUCAAAUCAAUCCACCUGUCCCAUUUGUAAGACAUCACUAGUAUUAAAUCAUUCUUUGAAUUCUUCAAAUGAAAAUCAAACAGUCCAUUCAACAAAUCAGUAUUCUAAAGUAUCUUAUCCUUACGAAUCAAAUAAUAAUGAUGAUAAUAAUCAUAAUUAUUAUAAUAAUAAUGAAAACAAUCUUAAAUAUGUUUGUCCAGUAUGUCAUUUUGCUACUGAAAAUCAUCCGUUAAUUCGUCGAUUAAAACAAUGUGGUGAAGAUGCUUUUGGACAUGUUUGUGAAUUUCAAACACGUGAAGAUCUAGCCAGUUUAAUGUCAAAUACACAUGUUCUACGCUUACAAUCAUUGCUUAUACGCUUACGUAUAUUAGGUCCAGAUCAUCCAGAUACCAUUUAUUUUAUCCGUUAUCGUGGAGCAAUUUAUGCAGAUGCAGAUAAUUUUCAUCAAUGUUUAAGUUUAUGGCGUUAUGCAUUAGAAUUACAACGUACAUUUGUCGAACCAUUAUGUCAUGUAUCACAAGCUGCAUUUGUUAGUUUUGCUGAAUUAUUUCAUUUUGUAUUAACAAAUAAUUGUAUUGGUUUACCAGCAAAAGAUUUAGAUCCAACAUUAAUUGUAGAUUGUUUAGAAUUAGCUGUUGAUAAUAUUGAACGUGGAAUGGAUUAUUCAUUUUAUCAUUGGCAUCAUCGACAUCCAUGGUCAUAUACAGCAGCGGAUAAAGAAGCGAUUAAUUUAAUGCGUCAUGUAUCAUUAUGUUUACAUUUUAUAGCAAUGAUUCUAAUUCAUUAUAUGCCAAAUUGUAAAGCUUUACCAACCAUACGUUCUAUUCGACGUCAAUUAUCUAAUUUAACACAAGUAGUUGAAGAAAAUUUUAAUGAAUUAUUACAAAAUUCUACAUUGAAUUUAUCAAAUAUUAUGCUUAAUCAACAAGAGCUAAUUAGUAAUAAUAAUAAUAAUAGUAGUAGUACUGAAAAUGAAUCACAAAUAGAUAGUUUAUCUAAUGAUAUGAAAAAACGUAUGCCAAUUGAAUUGAAACAACGAUUUUUCCGUCAAGUUUAUAGAUUAGUCAAGUUAGAUCCUAGAGUACAUCGUGGUCAAAGUUUAAUACAUUUAGCUUGUUCACCAGAAACUUCAACUGUUGGUCGUUUUGUAAUUUGUACUUUUCCAAAUGUCAAUGUUUUAUCUUUGCUAUUUGAAUUAGGCGCUGAUGCUAAUUGUGCUGAUGUUGAUGGACAACGUCCGAUUGGUCAUGUUUUAGCACAACGUCGAUUAAAAAGUUCUGAACAUGCCUCUCUUGUUCAUACUCUGGUUAAAUGUGGUGCUCAUUUAGAUGCAACCAAUCGGAAUUCUUUAACUAUCCUCUAUAAACGUUUUCAUCAUGUACUCCUAGAAUCUCGUGUACAAAUCUUAGAUCAUGUGACUUUAGCUUGUCAUGCUGCUCGUGUAGCAAAUCAUUAUGGAUUGACUGCAUCGAAUCCAUCAGUUCAAGCUUAUUUACCGAAUAAUUUAUUAUUUUUCUUACAAAUGCAUCAGUAAACAACUAAAUAAUAACAGGGGUUAAACGGCUUGAUGUAUUUUUUUUCCUACUUUAACUUAAAAUCAAAAACUUUGUUUACUCUAAUUGUUUGGUUGUUUCCCACCCCUCCCAGUUUUUUUUUUCAAAGUUUGGUUCAAUCAUUAAUAAUAUUAAACGGAAGAGAGAAAAAAACAAUACAAAACAGCACAAUAUCCCUGUACACAACUAUUUUUUCUUCUUUAAAUUCUUAUAGUUUUAAUCUCUUUAUAUGAGUUGUUUCUUCCGCCCACCCCCACCCCCAUCUCUCUCCGUCACCCAACCACCCACCCACCCACCCAGAAACACAUAUACCCACUGCGCCAACAUAUUACUAUCAUAUAUGAAUGUAUUUUGUUUAAAAAAAAAAGAACAAAUUGUAUAAUCACUUAUUUUAAGUGUUUAAUUUGAUCAGAAAGAUGUUCCAUUGAUUAACUUAAAUAAAAUACUUUACUCUUUUCUAUUUUCAUUGUGUGAUAUUUAUUGUUGAAGUCUAUUCGUGUUUACUAAUGACUCGUCUUAUUAUUAUUAUGAUGAUGAUGAUUAGAAUUCCUUUCGAUUGAGUUUUCCCCAUCGUUAUACAUACACAUUUGUUUCUGUACAGAACUUUUUUUUUACAUAGAUGAAUGAAUGAAUCAAAUGCCUUUGAUACUGAUAACAAUAAGGCAGUGAGUGAGUAAAAGUUUGUUCUUGUUUUGUUUUAUUAGUUAAUGAUUUGUAAACAUAAAAUAAAUUAGAUUAUCUACUUUAU